AGAGACCACGAACUUUACAAAUAGAUCCCUUUUCCUUCUCCUUGAAGUACAUUCGUUGCUCUGGGAGCUUUUUGGUUGGUGCUGUUGGGUGCGCAAAGCGCUGCGCAUUGUGGCGAGCUUUCCCUGCUGCUGCUUUUGACUCCCAAAUCGCAGACCCUGCACAGUCCUCAGAGCUGAGUUUGUUCCAGAGGGUUGAAGUGCCCGGGGGGGGGGAAUAACUGAGCUUUUUGAACCCCCCUGAUUCUCAUGGGGAGCUGCACCCUAGCAGUGAGAUGGAGCAGCUCGUAAACUUUGCUAUUUGCUGGAGAGGAUUUAACCCCAUCCAUGGGAUGCUGAGGAUGGGUUUUUGCCUCCAUGCAGGGCACGCAGCAGCAGCAAGCACAGUAAAUCUUUCCUUUCAGCACAUUUAUUUUUACAUUUGCUACUUGCUGGAGGGGUUUGCUGCUUGUUGCCUUCCUGGAACUGACGCUGGGCUGGUUUGCUGUCACAGAGGUUGGGGAUGGGGGCAUCGGUGGCCAACAGUGUGGGUUGCGCUGAGGUGAGUGCUUGGGGAUGAUGGGGGCUCGGUGCCAUGGGGCAGGGAUGGCUUUGGGGUCUGGAGUUUGCCACUGAGCACAUGGGUGGCUCAGAGCAACCCUGUUGGUGAGGGUGGUCUGUGGGGUGCAGGACGUGGGGUGCUUGGAUGGCCAUGGAGCCGAGGCAGCUCGGUGAUCCCUUGCAACAAAACCCAACAAACUCAGAAGGAUUUUGAUGCAGUUUGGCUCUGCUCUUGGCUCUCCCUCCCCACGGACCCAGGGCACGCCACCCGAUGUGCGCCCAGCUUUGUCUGUCCGGCACCAUGCUGCACUCCUGCUUGCUCAGCCCCAUCCCAUUGUGAACACUUAGGGUUGGAGCUGCUUUGUGCGUGUGAUUGCAGAGCAGAAAAGCCUUUCUCACCAGAUGGACAGCCUUCAACGCGCAUCACUACAGCUCUGCUCUGCUUUUACACCCCAAGCGCUCCGCUGUGCUGCUAAAAUGCAUCACGUUUAUUUUGCUACAAACUGUGUAUUGAAAGCAAAACAAACCCCCACUCCUGGGCAGGGCAGUGACUCCCUACAGCUCUGGACAACAGCAUGGGGAAAACCCAUUGGAUUCUUUUGUUCUGUUCUGGUUUGGCUGUGUGCUGAGCGGAGCAUCACUGUAAAGUGUUGGUGAAAUUUGUUUGUUCUCUGCUAGAAAACAGCAAUGUGAGCUGCUUCUUUCUGUGCAUCCAGCAGCAGCUGCGUCUGGCCGUGGUCUGAUGGGGACUCAGCCCUGGGGGUCUGCAGCCCCGUGGUGCCCCUACAGCUCUGGGACGUCCCCAGCUCUGCUGUUGGUUUCUCACCAGCUUUGGAGGUUUGGGUCUCAUUGUGCUGCGUGGAGGAGGGGGGAGGGGGAAGAUUUGGGCUGCUUCAAAAGUUUGCCGCGAUGCAUCACCCCAUUUCCACCCAGUUUUUUGCACAGCACAAAACAGACAAAAGGGAAAUAAAUUAGGGCGGCCUGUGACAGUGCUGCUGGGAAAGCGGUCGGUGCCUUCCCCCCAUCCUGUGCCUUUUGGAGAAUAUUUCAGAGCCAAACCCUCUCCCUCGGGCUGUGCCCUAUGCUCAGCAUGGGGCUCCCUCAGCCCGGCCGCUCCCAGCAGGAGGAGCGAUGGCAAAGGCACCGACUUUUGGAAAUGGUUCUGCAGUUGGAAGCUCUCCCUUCCCCCCUCUCUUCUACCACCCCACCUGCUCCAGGGCCAUAUGUCCAAUGCUGGAUGUGCUCCAGUCUCAAACAAGGGCACUUGGUGUGGCCGGUGCUGUCGCUUUGGCACUGGGGAGAUGCAGGGGGCACUGCUGGUUGGUGUUGAGGCUGCUGGGAUGGGUCAGGGAGAAAAGGAACGGGGGGAAAUGCAGCGGCCAAAUGGGAUCCCACAAAGCACUGAUGCGAGUCCUGAGCACGUGCUGGAAGUGGAGCUCAGCCCCACCACCCCAGCUGCCUCAUCACAGAGGAACAAGGUAAUGGGGCUCAUCCUUCCAGCAGCAUUUUGGGUGGCCCUGGCUGAGAUCUGAUGUUCUGAGGCAUUGUUUCUUCAUUCUGGCUGGUGAAGGGGGCUGAUGGCAUUUGAUUUUCUGCUGGGAGGAGAUGUAUGGCGAAGAGAAUUCAAAGGGUGUGGGGUAGCAGAGGGGUAUUUGGUCCUCUUUGCCCUUGAGAAAUGGAGUUACUGAGGGCUGGGCUGGAGUCUGGAAAGAAGCAAAGGGGUAGAAACGGGCAGAGAAAUGCCUGCAGGCAUUGCCAGCACUGCGCAACAGCGGUGCUGUUCCCUGGCAUGGAGAGGGUCAGCCUGGACACAUUCAGUGUUUAAUGAGCAAUUACCAGCCCUGGGCUGUCACCUUCUGCUGCUGUUUGGGUGCCCUGUGUGCUCUUCCUCUCUUGUAUGGGAGCGUUGGUAGCCUUGUUCUGUGAAAGCACAGAAAAAGUGAAGGUGUGGGUGAUGGGCUGGGCUGCAUGGGCACGGCUGGGGGGCCCCAAGCAGUUCCACUGGGCAACCCCCAUCCCUGCUGCACUGCUCCAUUGCCUGUGGGGUGCAUUGAGCCUGCUGUGCCGUGUGCUGUGUGCGGUUAGCAGCACUCAUCCUUCCCAUAAAGUGGUCCCGGAGAAGAGGAACAACAGCUCAAGGAGAGGAAAGAAUGGGACCAAGGGCUGGAAGGAGGCUGGCGAGGUGCUGGGUGUGAAGCUGGAUGAUGGGGACACGUGGGGUAUUGAGGCUGAAGAAAAGGGGGAGCAAAGCCAAAUGCAGAGCUGGGGCAAAGCCUGCAGGGAUGGAGCGUGUGUGCAAGGGUGUGCACGUGUGUGUGUGCGUGUCUGUGGAGGUGUGAGCUGGGGGCUGCGCAGGGGCAGGACCUCCUGCAGCCCCUCUCCACCUGUCCCCAUGGAGCCCGGGGCAGGGAAGGGCUCGGCCAGUCCCUGCCCUCCGGUUGGGGAAUGCCAGAGCCCGGCUUAUCUUUUGUCUGGAACAAUAGAGGGCUCGGCCCCAUUGUUCUACCUUGCACGCCCAGCCGGAAAGCGAGUCCCCUGGGGCAGGGGCUGCACGGAGCCGCCUGUGAGGCUGCUCUGCGUGGGGCUUUGCUGGCAGAGAGGACACGAACCCGGACAUGGACAUCCCCAGCCCCUGGGGCUCUGCAGGAUGUCCAUGAGGAGCCCCGUUUCUCCCCACCUGGAGCUCGAUGGGGCGGGCAGCAUGGUGAACUGCAGCAUCAAGACGGAGGAGAAGAAGGAGAGUGGCUAUGAGAGCCCACCGGGGGCUGCCCCCAGCACUGAGCCCCAUCCCAACGACCCCCCGGGACCACCACCAAGAGAGGGCACAGACCCCCAGGCAUUGCCACAGGAAUCCUGCUCACCCGCUGGUGAUGCGUUGGAGCCGCGGUGCUCAGCUUUCGAGCCGGCUGUCGGCAGCCAGGAGAAGCUGGACUUCAACAGAAACUUAAAAGAGGUGAUGCCAACCAUUGAGAAAUUACUCUCCAGCGACUGGAAGGAAAGGCUGCUGGGCCGAAAUGCUGCUGAGACCAAAGAAGUGAAGGGUGAGGUCCCUUCUGUGCCACCUCGGUGCUCUGUGCCCCCUUCAGGAACCCAGGAGAGCCUGGCAGAGAAAGAGCUCCAGCUGCUCGUCAUGAUCAACCAGCUGUCCACGCUGCGGGAUCAGCUCCUGACAGCCCACUCAGAGCAGAAGAACAUGGCUGCAAUGCUCUUUGAGAAGCAGCAGCAGCAGAUGGAGCUGGCGCGGCAGCAGCAGGAGCAGAUUGCGAAGCAGCAGCAGCAGCUCAUCCAGCAGCAGCACAAAAUCAACCUGCUGCAGCAACAGAUCCAGCAGGUCAACAUGCCCUACGUCAUGAUCCCUGCCUUCACCCCCAGCCAUCAGCCCCUUCCUGUGACCCAGGACCCCCAGAUAGCGCUGCCCAUCCAGCCCAUCCCCUGCAAGCCAGUGGAUUACCCCGUGCAGCUGCUGCACAGCCCUCCUCCUCCCACGUUAAAGAGACCCAGCGGCUCUGGCCACCUCCAGAUGCAGGAGACCUCGCAGCCGCUGAACUUGACGGCCAAACCCAAAGGCUCCGAGCUCCCCAGUGCCUCCAGCUCACCCAGUUUGAAGAUGAGCAGCUGCCAGUCCCUCACACCGAGCCAUGGGGCUGUGCGAGACCUGCAGAGCAGCCCGUCCAACCUGCCCUUGGGAUUCUUGGGCGAGGGCGAUGCCAUCACCAAAGCCAUCCAGGAUGCACGGCAGCUGCUGCACGGCCACAGCGGUGCCAUGGAGGGAGCGCUGAGCCACCCUUACCGCAAGGACCACGUUGGCAUCGAUGCUUCCCCUGUGAAGGAGCGGAUGGAGGAGACACCCACACACCGCCUGGAUGAGACUCUGCUGAGCUGUGAGAUGGACGGAACGCGGCAUUUCCCCGAGUCCAGGAACAACAACCACAUCAAACGGCCCAUGAACGCCUUCAUGGUGUGGGCGAAGGAUGAGAGGAGGAAGAUUUUGCAGGCGUUCCCAGAUAUGCACAACUCCAGCAUCAGCAAGAUCCUGGGCUCCCGCUGGAAGUCGAUGACAAACCAGGAGAAGCAGCCUUACUACGAGGAACAAGCCCGACUGAGCCGACAGCACUUGGAGAAAUAUCCCGACUAUAAGUACAAACCCCGACCCAAACGCACGUGCAUCGUGGAGGGGAAACGGCUGCGCGUGGGGGAAUACAAAGCGCUGAUGAGGAACCGACGGCAGGAUGCCCGGCAGGGCUAUUUGAUAGGUCCCCAAGGCAGCCAGCUGCCCCCUGGCUCCUCGGAUGUGCUGUACCCUCGGCCGGUGGGCAUGCAGCUGCCGUCCCCGCUGAUGGAGCAUUACCUGCCCCGUGGCGUGGAUCCCAGCAUGCCUGUCAUCGUCAGCACUCGUAGCCUGAAGGAAGGUGACGGCGGAGGGGACGAUGGGCACUCGGUGGCGGAUGGUGAGAUGUAUCGCUACAGCGAGGAGGAGGACUCGGAGGGAGAGGAGAAGAGCGAUGGAGAGCUGGUGGUGCUGACAGACUGAAGGGCCGGGCGGGGGGGCAGCGGGGCUGGCUGGCACCAGGCGCUGGUGACCCCCGAUGCGGUGCAGGCAAAGAGCCAGCAGCCGCAGGGAUGAGAUGAGAUGAGUGGGUGAUGGUGGGGGGUUUGGGUACGUGGCGGUGCCGUUGCUGCUGUAGGGAAUGGGGCUCUGCAGCUUGGCUGAGAGCUGAUGGCUCAGGAACCCUGCAGCCCCCAGUAAGGACCUGGGGGGAAUGGGACAUGGGAAUCUUCCAGCUCUCUAUUCCCUACCUAUGCCACCUGCUGACGCCUGGCCACGGGGGCAUCCGUAAGCUCUGCUCAGCCCAGCCCUCCCCACUCCACUGCAGUUCCCCCUUGCAGCCUGCCAGUGAAUUCCCAUGGAGCCUUUUUUUAGCUCUUGCCUGACCCGAGUGCGAGCCGAGGGCACUGAGGAGCCCUUUAUGCUCCUGAUGCUCUGUCCCACUUUGUAAAUAAAGCGGGUGCUGUUCCCUGGCUGUGCCCCAGCCCUCGGGCAGCCCUGGUGCACAGCACUGCUGUGGGUCCACGCAUCCCCAGGUGCCUCCUUUGCACCGCAGCUCUGCGAGCGCAAGGCUUCACCUCCGUGCAUCAUGGAAACAGCAGAAGGGGGGGUGGGGGGAGAGGAAAAAAUAGCGAUUUAAGGGGAAAAAGAAAAAAACCAAUAAUAUCUGGCUCUGCUCAGCACCCGUGCACCCAGCGCAGGGUUUGCAUGCAGGUGCAGCGCUGGCUGUGCAUGCAGCACUGGGAGCAGCACGGAGCACAUGCACCGCCGUGUGGCAGCAGCCAGGCACAGCCGUGCUGCGUGCAUCACACCUCUGCUAGGGGCUGCUGCUCCCUCUCACUCCAGGGCCACAGCAGCCGGUGGGGGUCCUUUCUCUUUGCCCACCCCCUUCUCUCUUCCCUUUUUCUCAGUGCUUUAUUUAUUCCCCCCAAGGCACAGCUCAGGCUGGGGGCUGGAUGCGGCCGCGCACCGAAGGAGCAGCUCUUCCUCUCUCUUUUUUUUUCUUUUUUUUUUUUUUAAGACUGUAAAUAUAGAUAGAGCUUUAUUUUGUUAAUAAGACGAGUAACUUAACCUGUAUAUUUCACAUACUUGUUUACAAACUGCCCUCCCCACCCCUUGGCAC